GUUUGGCUGGCCUUCGAGUCCGUGUCCGCCAUGAUCGGCAUGCUCGGCGUGAUAUACACAUGCACUCGUUGAGUCGGUUAGUUCCUCUCAUUCCUCCAUGCGUACUCAUCAUCCGUCGGAUCCGUGCCUAUCUCGAUGACCAAGAACGAAUCCACUUGAGAUUGUGCGUGUGUGUCAGUGGGGUCAGUGGUGUUAGUGCUCGAAAUCAUUGGAUCCCUCCGCUCCCUCCACUCCCUCCCUGAAUAUUGGACAUCAUGCAGGCUAACAAGGCCAGGGAUUAGACGGCUUUGAGAUCGACUCCCAGGCAAUCAGAGGCGUUGGUUCUUCUCUAUGUUAUAUGCCGGAUCGUGGAAGAUGUUGUUCCUGGAAAAGGCCAUCGAGAAUCUUCUCCAAGACAAGGACGUCAAGCGGGCCCAAUAUCAAGAACUUCGCGAAGCCUGCGAGACGGCCUUGUCCGAUCUCAAGGCUCUUCGACCCAAUCCGGAAUCGACGGAAUCUGAGUCCGGGAACAACAAUGGACCGGCUGAAUCCUCGGUCAAAUCUUCCAUAUUGCCGGAAUUGGACCCGACGGCCUUGAUUCAGGUGGAACGCACGUUUCGGCCUUUUGAGUUGGCUUGUCAGGCCACCAAAAAUGCCCGCCUGGUCAUUUCGGCCUUGGAUAGUCUGCAGAAGCUGGUGGCAUACGGGCAUUUGAGGUUCUCCCACACGCCUUUGCCGCUCGCGGUCUCGCCGCAGCAUCCGUCUUUGGAGGAUCGAUUGGUGAAUGCCGUGGCCAAUGCGUUUAGUGGGCCCCACACCGAUGAGCAGAUCCAAUUGCAGGUCUUGAAGGCCCUGCUGACCAUCUUGACCUCGUCCAAUGUGCGCGUGCAUGAUAAUAGCUUGCUUUUGUCCGUGCGCACGUGUUAUAAUAUCUAUUUGGCCUCGCGAAAUAUCAUCAACCAGACCACGGCCAAGGCCACCAUGAGUCAGAUUCUUAAUUAUGUGUUCAGUGCCAUGGAAUCAGCUUCGGCCGUUCAAUUUCCUCAUUACGAGGGCCAGACCGAUGACGAGGCCCGAUGGAUGGUGGUGCCCAUUUUAUGGGAUUUGGUCGAUAAUUUGGUCCAACGCGAGUUCCUCUCGCCGGAAAUGUAUCGCAAUAUGAUGCAGCGCGACGCUUAUUUGGUGUUCCGCUCUUUGUGCAAACUGUCCAUGAAGCCUUUGCCGGAGGGCACGCCCGAUCCCAAGUCCCAUGAACUCCGUUCCAAGAUUCUGUCACUGGAACUUUUAUUGAGUAUUCUCCAAAAUAGUGGUCACGCCUUCCAACACAACGAUAUUUUCGUAUCAGCCAUCAAGUCGUAUUUGUGUGUGGCCUUAUCUCAAAACGGUGUGUCCAAUGUGAGUGAGGUCUUUGAGCUCUCUUUGGCUCUAUUCAUCUCCCUCCUGACCAAAUAUCGGGUCCAUCUUAAGCCCCAAAUUGAGAUCUUCUUCAAAGAGAUUUGCUUGAAUAUCCUGGAAGCAUCCAGUUCAUCCUUUGAGCAAAAGUGGAUGGUCGUGCAAGGGAUUGGCAACAUUUGUCAUGACGCCCAAAUCGUCAUCGACAUCUUCGUCAACUACGAUUGCGAUUUAGAGGCGGCCAACAUUUUUGAACGCCUCGUCGACGAUUUGUCCAAACUGGCCCAGGGCAAGCAAGCCUAUGAGAUUGGUGCUACGCCCAAUCAAUUGAUGCAGAUGCGUAUUCGGUGCCUCGAGUGCUUGUGUUUUAUUUUGAAAUGCAUGGUGGAGUGGUGCAAGGAGAUGUACGUGAACCCACAUUUGACCGAGAAGGAGAACAAUCUGGAAACUACUGAGAGCGAAGAGAGCGAAUUGGCCUCCGAAGACCCCACUCAAUUGGAAAAAGUCAAGCAAAGAAAGUUUGUCCUCGAAUACGGGAUCAAAUUAUUUUCACAUAAACCUGGCAAAGGAAUCAAAUAUCUCAUGGAUAAUGGGAUCGUGGGCAAAGCUGACAAGGAUGUGGCCAUAUUCCUCCAUAAAGAAUGUAACCGGCUGGAUAAGACCGCUGCCGGCGAAUACUUGGGGGAACUGGAGAACAAAGAGCUCAUGUACUACUACGUGGACGAAAUCAACUUUGCCGACAUGGACUUUGUGUCCGCCCUGAGGCUUUUCCUCGGCAAUUUCCGUCUGCCUGGCGAGGCCCAAAAGAUUGAUCGACUCAUGGAAAAAUUUGCCAGUCGAUAUGUGGAGUGCAACCCCACGCAAAAGCUGUUCAAAUCCGCCGAUGCUGCCUAUGUCCUGGCCUAUUCUGUGAUCAUGCUCACCACGGACCUCCAUAGCUCCAACGUGAAGAAGAAGAUGACGAAGGAAGAGUUCUUGAAGAACAACAAAGGUAUCAACGAUAGCGAAGACAUUCCACCCGAGUAUCUGGGCAAGAUCUACGACGAAAUCGCCUCCAAUGAAAUCAAGAUGAAAGGCACGUCCUUGGCCAAUAACAAGCUCGUCAUCACGGAUCUGAAACAACGGACCUUACUGUGGAAUCGGGAAAGUGAAUCCAUUUCCCAGACAGCUGGUGCUCUCAUGGAAUCCGCCAGUAGCCGAUGUGAUGCCUUCACCUCAGCCAAACGACUCGACCAUGUUAAGCCUAUGUUCAAACUGAUCUGGUCACCGCUCCUGGCCACUUUCAGCGUAGGUUUGCAAUCCACGGAUGACAUGAUCGUGGUCCAGUUGUGUUUGGAGGGCAUUCGUUGUUGCAUUCGAUUGGCCAACAUCUUCCAUUUCACUCUUGAGCGAAACGCUUUCAUUCAAGCCUUGGCCAGAUUCACCCUCCUGACUGAGAAUUCUAACGUGAAGGAGAUGCGAUCCAAAAACAUCGAAGCCAUUAAGACUCUCAUCUCGGUGGCUCAUACCGAUGGCAACUACUUGGAGCACUCCUGGCUUGAUAUCAUGAAAUGCAUUUCCCAACUCGAGUAUGCUCAACUCUUGGGAUCGCUCUCCACGAACGGAUCGGAUGGAUCCAUGGAUCCUAACGCCAGACUGAACCUCGUCAAUGAUAUGACCAGCGAGGCAAAUUCUCAGAGCAUCAUUGUGGCUGUGGAUCGAAUUUUCACCGGCUCGAAGAACCUCAAUGGCAACGCCAUUGUCCAUUUCUUUACUGCUCUCUGUGAUGUGUCCAAGGAAGAAAUAGGAUCGAAGACCAACGUGCGGAUGUAUUCCCUCAUCAAGUUGGUCGAAAUCAGUUACUACAACAUGGAGAGAAUCCGGCUGGAGUGGUCCAGGAUUUGGCACGUGGUGGGCAAUCAUUUCAACCUGGUUGGCUGCAAGGACGAUCAGAAUGUUUCCUUUUUCGCCGUGGAUUCGUUAAAGCAGUUGUCGCUCAAGUUCUUGGAGAAAGGCGAGUUGCAGAACUUCCAUUUUCAAAAGGAUUUCCUCCGACCCUUUGAGUUCAUCAUGAAAAACAACAAAUCACCUCAGAUCCGCGAUAUGGUCAUCCGAUGUCUUUCCCAAAUGAUUCAGAGCCAAAGUCAGAACAUCAAGUCUGGAUGGAAGAACUUCUUCGCCACCUUUGGUCUGGCCGCUAGUGAUGACGUCGAGUCCAUCGUGGCCUUGAGUCAUCAGACCACCCAAAGGAUCGUGACCAAAUUGAUCAGUGACAACAAGCUGGUGCUGAAAGAGUCUUUCCAGGACUGCGUGAAAUGUCUGUCGGAAUUUGCCUGCAACCAGAUGCUACAAGACGUGGCCAUGGAGUCAUUGCAACUCAUCCGGAAAUGUGCGGAAUUCGUCAACAACCACCAAGAGCAAUUCGAAAACUUCCCGGGACCGCGUCUAUCAAGUUCCCAGGUAAAUGGAGACCAAGAUGAGCAUGCAAUAGCUCGUGGGAACGUAUGGAUCCGCGGUUGGUUCCCGGUUUUAUUCGAGCUCUCAUGUGUGAUCAACAAGAGCAAGCUCGAUAUUCGAACGAGAAGUUUGACCAUCCUUUUCGAUAUCGUCAAGCAGCAUGGGCAAUCCUUCGAGGAGAACUGGUGGCGGGAUCUCUACCAAGUCCUAUUCCGGAUCUUCGAGGUGGGCAAAUUCGAUUUGAACGACCUGUCAUUGCGAGAUCACCGAGAGUGGAUCGAUACCACCUGCAAUCACGCCCUCUAUGCCAUGACCGACGUGUUCAGCGAGUUCUACGAUGUCCUAGUUCGUGUGGUGCUCACCGAUCUUCUUAGUCAAUACCAAUGGUGCAUUCAGCAGCCGAAUGAGCAGCUCUCGAAAUCGGCAAUCUCCUGCUUCCAAACUCUAGUCGCCACGAAUCAGAACCGCAUGGAUCAACGCACUUUUGCCCUUAUCAUCUCGUUCUUGUCUGAGACCAUUAAGGACACGUCUGUUACUGUCUAUCAAGACGAGGAUAUCGUGGUGGGACGAGUUCACGUUCAUUUAGACGUCCUCGAGGUCUCAAUGAACGUGCUCACAUCCACGGAUUAUGGUCAAGCCAUGGAAGAAGGUCAUCUGUGGUUUGAGAUACUCAUCCCUGAACAUUUCGAGGUGCUAAGAAAGUUGCUAAGAAGCUUGGAGCAAUCCUUCAACGAGUCUAAAACCGUCCUCGAAGUAACGCCCAUGGGAUCACGGAAGCGGGAUGUGUCAAUUAUGGUAAAGCAAGAGACCAAGGCGGCCGAGUGUCUGCUUUUGAUCUUGAUCGAGCUGUGCACCUCCAAUCUUCCCUCGGAGUAUCAGAAAUCUCUGGAAAAGUAUUUUGUCGGCUUCUUGGUUGAUGUGUUGGGCUACUUCUUGUCCAUAACAGCCAAGACCCAGCAAGAACAGUGGGAUCGGAUGCUUAGCUCGACUUUGGGACAAGUGUUGGCAUUUCAAGAGUCCAUGUUCCUCUCGGUGAUGUCUUCUCUAUACAAUCUGAUAUGUGAUAUCCUUAGCAUCGGGGUCUCAAAAGACUUGCGUAGUGUGGCGUGUCAAAUGUUGAAGCGGAUUGGUGCCCUAUAUGACAUUCCAAAAUAGCAAUGUAUUCAUGUUUUUGUGAUCUCUGUCGCCUAACGUUUUUAUAUAUAAUAAUCAUAGUUAUGUCAUGUCACGUGAGGCAGGAUCUUGAAUCAGCUUGAAUUCUGUCGCUUGGAUUUAUAUUAUUAUAUCGAGAUUUGAAUAAAUUGUUCCCUGACCGUAA